AUGCUCGACCCUGUGCUCUACGCCCCGGCAGAUAUCAUCAGCAGCGUUGCUGGCUCUCAUGAGACUUUACUCCCAGAGGUGGCUGGUUUGAUUGGUGGCCAUCUGCAGCCAAAUCACCCUCUGCUGCGAUUCUGCAAAGUCAUGCAGCUUGCGCGAUAUGUAAGCUUAGCUGAGCCUGGAGAUUCCGUUACCUACCCGCUUUGUGAAGUUCUGUCGUGGUCUCGCGGCACUUUGCCCAUCUUGGCUGAAGGCCAAGCCAUCAAUCGCAGGAUGCGGCUUACCAUUGAUUCUCGUGGGAUCAAGAGCAUUGACAUGGUCUCUGAAAAGUCAGAAGAAAGUGCUGUUAUUGGCUCAUCACGGUCUUCUCAUGCAUAUAUUGUAGGAUCAGUGGAAAGCCUAUCGGGCGUUGGUAUAGAAUUCCAGUUGACCAUGAAAUCUGGGAAAUAUGUCAUCGGACUGCCUUACACUCUGAUUUACUCGUACCUGGCAGAAUUCGUCGAAACCUUGUAUGGAAUGCCAGAGUCCGAGGACCGCCACUUGACACUUACUUACUCUAUUUCGAACCCCGCUCAUGUCACGUUCAUUGGAACUGACAUGGUAGGAAAGGCUGUUUCUGGCCUCGAACCCCGUCCUCCAGGUGCUUCUCCCGCAUUCCAUUUUUGCGCGUCUUUAGAACGAGUGGUUUACGCACAAGUCUUUUCGGACCGUGAUACUGGGAGGUGUAGCGGCAUCUUGCUGGAAUAUGAAGACGGCAUCAAGCGAGCGCUGGGGCAGUGCCGCAUUGGCUUUGAUGAUGUCCAGUGCUACAAGCAUCCAACCAAGUUUUGCUACAUGCCCAUCACAUACCCUGGGGCAGAGCCGCUCUGCCUUCCGCGUAAACAUGUCCAUGCAGCCUUUGACUCUGACGCUGGCCUGUUUGUGGAGCAGGAUACUGCAAAAUGGAAGAUUUGUCCGUUGAAGGGAAUUUUGCACUAUCUAUUCGGUGAAAAAGACACUGAAAUAAAAGUUUGUGAUGCAUAA